AUGGAUCCAGUGAUCGACGCUAUCUCGGACAUGGCAUUUCAGCAGCUGGAGAAUUUUGGCUUCCGACACAGUGCCAACUUGGCGUGGGCACUGGCCACCCUGGAGAAAACUAACGAGCCUUUGUUGACAGCCAUGGCCGUCGCUGCAGCUGCGAAUGCAUCUGAACUCAGCCCCCUGUCGUUGGCAAGCACGGCUUGGGCAUGUGUGUCAAUGAAAAUCAUUUAUUUCCCUCUUCUGGAUGCCAUGUCAGAGCUCCUUUUUCAAUCUCCCGUGGAUGACGGCAUUGCCACCAUGGCCAUUUGGUCGUUGUCACGUCUCCCCGAUUUAGACAGAGCCCUUCUUUUAGUGGACUCGGCCAAGUGGCGCAUUCCGCCCCUGAGUCUCUCAGCGUUGUUGGAGGCUUGCGAGCAGCGAGACUUAGCAGCAGAGCAGCUGCGAGUGCUUCGAUUGUUGGCACAUGGGCAUUUGAAGCCCGUGGUGCUGGAUGUGUUGGACGCAUUGGAGGAAAACGUGAGUCACACCGAGUCACGCCUUCAAUGA